UGUGGGAAAGGGCGCCGAAUUCGAAGUGCUUACAAGCUCUUCCUGGGUGGGCUGCUAAGCCCCAAAUGCUCGUCUUUGGGAAAGGAAAGAGGAGUUUUUCCUUUCCCUCUUUCUUUCUUUCUUUCUUUUUUUUUUUUGUAGGAAAGCAAAUUCGGAAACUUGGAGGUAGCAAUAGUUAGGAUUCAGGCCAAACUGGUAGAAGACGAAGGGCGUCUUGCAAAACCAAGGAGAAAGGGUUGGCCGGCAGAUAAUCACCAGGAUGGGAGUGAAUGACUUGUGGCAAAUUCUGGAGCCUGUUAAGCAACACAGCCACCUGCAUAGUCUUGGUGGGAAAACCAUUGCAGUUGAUCUGAGUCUCUGGGUUUGUGAAGCACAGACAGUCAAAAAAAUGAUCGGAACAGUCAUGAAGCCCCACCUCAGGAACUUAUUUUUUCGUAUCUCAUAUUUAACGCUAAUGGAUGUGAAACUAGUGUUUGUUAUGGAAGGGGAACCGCCAAGGCUAAAAGCUGAUGUUAUAAGCAAAAGGAAUCAGAUGCGGUAUGGGCCUUCGGGAAAAACAUGGCCUCAGAGAACAGGAAGAUCACAUUUUAAAUCAGUUUUAAGAGAGUGUCUUGAUAUGCUGGAAUGCUUAGGAAUUCCCUGGGUCCAAGCUGCUGGGGAAGCUGAAGCCAUGUGUGCUUAUCUCAAUGCCCAGGGUUAUGUAGACGGCUGCCUCACCAAUGAUGGAGAUGCUUUCCUUUACGGAGCCCAGACUGUUUAUCGCAAUUUCACCAUGAAUACCAAGGACCCACAUGUUGACUGUUACACAAUGUCAUCUAUCAAGAGUAAACUAGGUUUGGAUAGAGAUGCUCUGGUUGGACUAGCAAUACUACUGGGCUGUGAUUAUCUUCCAAAAGGAGUCCCUGGAGUCGGCAAGGAGCAAGCGUUAAAACUUGUACAGAUUGUGAAAGGGCAAAGUUUACUUCAGAGGUUUACUCAGUGGAAUGAAAAAUCUUGUUACUCUAAUCCCCAACCGCUGGUUAAUAAAAAACCAGCUCAUUGCUCUGUGUGUUCCCAUCCAGGUUCACCUAAGGAUCAUGAACGUAAUGGAUGCAAAUUAUGUAAAACUGAUCAAUACUGUGAACCACAUGAUUAUGAAUACUGUUGUCCUUGUGAGUGGCACUGUACAGAAUAUGAUAGGCAACUAAAUGCAGUAGAGAACAGUAUUAAGAAAAAAGCCUGCAAUUGUGAGGGAUUCCCAUUCUAUGAGGUUAUUCAAGAAUUCCUUUUGAACAAGGAUAAAUUGGUGAAGACAAUCAGGUACCAAAGACCUGAUUUAUUAUUGUUUCAGAGAUAUACUCUUGAAAAAAUGGAGUGGCCCAAUCACUAUGCAUGUGAGAAGCUGUUGGUGCUUUUGACCCACUAUGACAUGAUAGAAAGGAAGCAUGGCAGAAAGAACUCUUACCAACUACAGCCAGUUCGAAUUGUUAAAACCCGGAUCAGAAAUGGAGUUCGUUGCUUUGAAAUAGAAUGGGAAAAGCCUGAGCAUUAUGCUAUAGAAGAUACACAUGGAGAAUUGGUUCUGCAAACAACAGAAAAAGAAUCAUUGUUUGAAGCAGCUUAUCCUGAGAUUGUUGCUGUUUACCAAAAACAAAACUUAGAAAUUAAAGGGAAGAAACAGAAGAAUAUGAAAAUUAAACCUAAAGGAAAUAAUUUGCUAGAAUCAGAUGAUAUGAUGUAUUUUCAGUCACACAUGAGUUUAAAACCCACAUGUGAAAUCUUUUCUAAGCAGAAUUCCAAGUUAAAUUUGGAAAUUUUUCCUGAUUCUCCAUCACCCCAGGAAUCUAAUGCUGUGUUGUCGAAUAGCUUGCUUUUACCUGAAGACACUCCCUGUGUGAAUAUACAAUGGUUAAUGUCUCCAAGACCUUUGGCUAUGCAGCAAAUUAAAACUGUCAGUAAGUCUCUAAUCUCAGAACCUAGUCAAACCAAUACCUCAUCCCAUAAUAUAGCAGUGAUUGCUGAUCUACACUUGAGCACCAUUGACUGGGAAGGUACUUCUUUUAGUAAAUCUCCAGCUAUCCCAAGGAACACUUUCCCUCAUGAUUUAAAAUCAGAACUUGAAACAGCCAUCCCUGAUAACUUUAAAAAUAACCCAGAACAAUUGUCAGGUGAAUCAAAAUGGUGCACCACAAACAUUAAUAAAGUAUUGGAUCAGGAUCUUCAAAAGACUAAUUCUGAAGAACAUCUACUUUCUGGCAUCACUGAUUUACACCUUCAGGAUUUGCCUUUAAAGGAACGAAUACAUGUAAAAUCAUUAUCUCUUCAGGAUAAUGUACAAGCAGAUGUUGACCUAAAAACUCUGUCCCUACUUACUGCAAAAGAAUCUUAUAUUACUAACAGCAGUUCUGAUUGUCAGUCACAUCUCUCAAAGGAUCUUCCAGGAGUUCAUUUGCAAAAUGAAUCUAGAAACUCUGAAGUUCUAAAAGGAGACCAGCUGUUUCAGAAUUAUAAAGUGAAUACUUAUAUACCUUUUUCUGUCAAGAACCCAAUAGUAAAACCCUCCAGCAUUAGAACUGGACCAUCAAAUACUUCUUUCAAUCAUAGUAGAAAAGUUGAUGAACAAACUGCUCGGAAAAUUGUAAUGAAGACGAGCGUUGGCCUAGAUAGACAUUCCUCUGAAGAAAAAAGUGUCCCAGUAUUGGAGAAAGCUAAGUGUUCAACUCAGAAAAUAAAGCAGAGUUCUUGGAAGCAUUACCCAGCCCAAUUCAAGAAAAAUGACACCAACAAAUUGAGUAACUCUAACAUACAUGUUAAAGAAACUGAACAGUGUGUUCAGGCAUAUAAAACAGAUGGAAAUGAAGAAAACUGUUCCCCAGACGCAGCAAAAGGUUCUCUGAGGUUUGUACAGCAUCGUAAGGGAAAAGAUGACUCUAAUAAUUACUCGGAUAGUCCCCUCCCUUUGUGUCAGAGAUUAAAACUAAGGUUUCAAAACACUUGAAAUGAAACUUAAUAUAUUUAAGUAUAUGUUAUUAUUUUAGUACUAUCGGCAUUAGCAAAGGCAGAAAGAAGAUAUCUAGUUAAUGGUUAGUAGAAAAAUGUAAUGUAGUUCUAAAUCUCAUGGGACACUUUUGCCACUUUAAUUAAAAUUGUAGUUUAAAAAUAUUACCUAAAACUGCAGUUUUAAAGGAUGAUCCUUGUGAAAACUUUAGAAAAUAUGUGUUUUUAAAAUAUUCUUUUGCUGUUUUUCGUAUCUCUAUUGAUUAUUCUUUAGUUGUAGCUUUAAAGUGUUAGUACAGUUCUAGAUAGAAUAAAUCCUUUGGCACAUUUUUACUCAUUUCUUCUACAAGCUUCUAAAGUACUUGUUUAUAUUACAGCUCAUUCCCAAGAGUAUAACUUUUUGUAACUGUCUACACUCUCACAAUGUUUUCUAUGCUGCCUUUCCUGACAGUUACUUUUUCUUUUAAUGUGAAGAUACUUUUAAGUGUGCUCUGCCAGUUUGAUGACAUUAUUCUCCUUUGUGAGGGGCCAAGAUGGAAAAAGAGGCAACUGAUCAAUGUAUAUAAUAAAAAUGAUGGUUGUAAUAGCUGAACAAACUGAGGAAAGCUACUCCUUACAUAUCCCCAAAAGUUCACAGGCAUGCCAAGUGGACUUGGAAGAUAGAAUGCAUAAGCAGAGGAAAAUUAGAAAUUUCCAGAGGAUCACAUAGUUAAUUAAUGGUAUGGGAUUUCUUGCUUCCUAAUGCCCUGGUUUUUCUGUUUUCUUUUUCUUUUAUAGCACGUUUUUCUUUUCCUUUUUAAAAUAUGAAUCUAUAUAAUAUUGACUUCAAUACCUCCAAAUAUUAAGUUGUGUACUCAUUUAUUUAGCACUCAAACAGUCUGGAAGCAACCAGAUUGGAAAGGAAAAAGCAAAACUGUCGCUCUUUGCAGAUGACAGAUCUUUUAUAUACAGAAGUCUAAGAAAUCCAUUAAAAGCUAUUAGAACUGAUAAAUGAACUCAGCAAGGUUGCAGGAUACAAGAUCAAAUUACAAACAUCAGUUGUAUUUCUAAGCAUCCAUGGUGAAUAAUACUAAAUGAAAUGAAGAAAAUUCCAUCUACAACAUCAAAAAGAAUAAAAUUAAAUAAAUGUAACAAAAUAAAUGCAAUUUAUACUCUCAAUACUAUAUUGUUUAAAGAAAUUAAGGAAAAUAAACAGAAAGCUACCCCAUGUUCAUGGAUUAAAAGACUUGAUAUUAAGAUGGCAAUACUCCCCAAAUUUGUAGAUUCAAUGCAAUCCUCAGCAAGUCCAGCUGAUUUCUUUGCAGAAAUUGACAAGCUGAUUCUAACAUUCAUAUGGACAUUUAAAACAGAAUAGACAAAGCAAUCUAAAACAAAUUGGAGGUCUCACCCUUCCUGUUUCUGAUUUCAAAACUUACUACAAAGCUACAGUAAUGAAGAAUAUUGUAAUGGCAUAAAGGUAGAUAUAUAGAUCAAUGGGAUAGAAUUAAGGGUCCAGGAAUAUGUGCUCACAUUUAUGUUCAAUUGGUUUUCAACUCGAGUACCAAAACAAUUCAUGUGGGGAAAUAAUAGUCUUUCAGCAGAAGCUACUGGCAUAACUGGAUGUCCACAUGCAAGAAGAUGGAAGUCUUAUCCCAACCUCUUACAAUAUAUAAAAUUUAGCUCAAAAUGUACCAAAGACCUAAAUGUAAGAGCUAAAACUAUAAAAUUCUUAGAAAAAAACAGACAUAAUCUUUGUGACUUUGGACUAAGUAAGGAUUUCUUAAAUAGACAAGUAGUGAUUCUAUAGCAUCUUACUACGCUGAUCGACAGUGACUGUAACGGGUAUGUGGUGGGGACUUGAUAAUAGGGGGAGUCUAGUAACCAUAAUGUUGUUCAUGUAAUUGUACAUUAAUGAUAGCAAAAUUAAAAUUAAAAUAAAUAAAUGAAGAAAAAAAAAUAUGACACCGAAAGCUCAGUCAAGAAGAAAAAAAAAUAGAUGAGCUUCAUCAAAAGUAAAAAAAAUUUAUGUUUCAAAGGACUCAAGAAGAUGAACAGCAAAAAUCCACAAAAUUGGAGAAAAUAUUUUAAAAUUAUAAACAUGAUAAGGAACUUUAAUCCAUAAUGACUUUCAAAAAGCUUACACCUCAGUAAUCAAAAGACAAAUAACUUAAAAGUGGGUAAAUUCUGAAAGGACAUUUCUGCAAAGAAGAUACACAAAUAGCCAUACACAAAAACACAUGAAAAAAUUCUCAAGAUCAUUAAUUUAUCAUAAAAAUGCAAAUCACAACCACAAUGAGACACCACUUCACCCUUAAUAGGAUAACUAGAAUAAAAAAAGACAGAUAACAAGUGUUGGUGAGGAUGUGGAGAAAUUGGAACCCUCAUAACCUGCUGGUCUAGAUGUAAAAUGUACAGCCACUUUGGAAAAAGUACAGUGGUUCCUCAAAUGGUUAAACAUAGUUACCGUAUGAUCCAGCAAAUGCACUCCCUGGCAUGUGUCUAAGAGAAAUUAAACCAUACAUCCACACAAGGGCACACAAAUGUCUGUAGCAGCAUUAUUCAUAACUCAAAAAGAAUCAACCUGAAUGCCAAUCAACUGAUGAAUGGAUAAACAAUGUAUAUCAAAACAUGGAAUGGAAUAUCAGCAAUAAGAAGAAAUGAAGUAUGAAUACAUAUUGCAACAUGAUGGCCCUUGAAAACAUGCUCAGUGAAAGAGGCCAUUCACAAAAGACCACAUAUAUGAUUCAAUUUAUGUAAAACAUUCCAAAUAGGCAAAUGUAUAAUCUAUAGAAACAGAGGAGAGCCAUGGUUGUUAAGGGCUUGGGGAGAAGGUAGGGAGGUAGAAGGGAAAUGUCUGCUAAUGGAUGGGUUUGGGAGGGAGUGGGUAGAUGAUAGAAAUACUCUACAAUUGAUUGUGGUGAUUGUUCAAAAGUGAAAAUACUAGAACCAUUGAAUUGUGCAAUUUAAGUGGAUAAAUGCUAUGGUAUGUGAAUUAUAGCAUAAUAAAGCUGUUUUAAAAGCAAAACUGUAAAGUGUAUAGUAUUUUUUUAAUAUGUAAAGUAUAUAGUAUUUAACCUCAUUCCCACAUAUGCAACACCAUUAUUUUCUAGAUUAGGAAACAAGUCCAGAGAAAUUAAGAGAUUUGUCCAAGACUGGAGAUGAAAUUUUGUUUUACUAAUCUAGUGUUUAUUACAUUAUGCCAUGUUGUAAAUA